AUGAGCCCUGAAAGGUCCCAAGAGGAGAGCCCAAAAGGAGACACAGAGAGAACAGAGCGGAAGCCCAUGGUCAAAGAUGCCUUCAAAGACAUUUCCAUAUACUUCACCAAGGAAGAAUGGACAGAGAUGGGAGACUGGGAGAAAACUCGCUAUAGGAAUGUGAAAAGGAACUAUAAAACACUGAUUACUAUAGGUCUCAGAGCCACUCGACCAGCUUUUAUGUGUCACCGAAGGCAGGCCAUCAAACUCCAGGUGGAUGACACAGAAGAUUCUGAUGAAGAAUGGACGCCUAGGCAGCAAGUCAAACCUCCUUGGAUGGCCUUCAGAGGAGAACAGAGUAAACACCAGAAGGGAAUGCCCAAGGCAUCAUUCAAUAAUGAAUCUAGUUUGACAGAAUUGUCAGGAACGCCAAAUUUACUGAAUACAAGUGGCUCAGAGCAGGCUCAGAAACCAGUGUCCCCUCCUGGAGAAGCAAGUACCUCUGGACAGCACUCUACACUAAAAAUAGAACUCAGGAGGAAGGAGACUGAAGGAAAGAUGUAUAGCCUGCGAGAAAGAAAGGGUCAUGCAUACAAAGAGGUCAGCGAGCCGCAGGAUGAUGACUACCUCUAUUGUGAGAUGUGUCAGAACUUCUUCAUUGACAGCUGUGCUGCUCAUGGGCCCCCUACAUUUGUAAAGGACAGUGCAGUGGACAAGGGGCAUCCCAACCGUUCAGCCCUCAGUCUGCCCCCGGGGCUGAGAAUUGGGCCAUCAGGCAUCCCUCAGGCUGGGCUUGGAGUAUGGAACGAGGCAUCUGAUCUGCCACUGGGUCUGCACUUUGGCCCCUAUGAGGGCCGAAUUACAGAAGACAAAGAGGCAGCCAACAAUGGAUAUUCCUGGCUAAUCACCAAGGGGAGAAACUGCUAUGAGUAUGUGGAUGGAAAAGAUAAAUCCUGGGCCAACUGGAUGAGGUAUGUGAACUGUGCCCGGGAUGAUGAAGAGCAGAACCUGGUGGCCUUCCAGUACCACAGGCAGAUCUUCUAUAGAACCUGCCGAGUCAUUAGGCCAGGCUGGAACUGCUGGUCUGGUAUGGGGAUGAGUAUGGCCAGGAACUGGGCAUCAAGUGGGGCAGCAAGUGGAAGAAAGAGCUCAUGCCAGGGAGAGAACCAAAGCCAGAGAUCCAUCCAUGUCCCUCAUGUUGUCUGGCCUUUUCAAGUCAGAAAUUUCUCAGUCAACAUGUGGAACGCAAUCGCUCCUCUCAGAACUUCCCAGGACCAUCUGCAAGACACCUCCUCCAACCAGAGAAUCCCUGCCCAGGGGAUCAGAAUCAGGAGCAGCAAUAUUCUGAUCCAGACUGCUGUAAUGACAAAACCAAAGGUCAAGAGAUCAAAGAAAGGUCCAAACUCUUGA